GUGGUGUCGUGGAUCUCGACAUCCCAACAGCGCGAACACGCUUGGCAGCUCUGCACAACUACACUGGAACGGCAUUAUGAGGAGAAGAUCAAACGUUGGAAUGCCGAGCUAGAUAUGCUCCUGGUGUUUGCGGGUCUAUUCUCGACCGCUCUUACCGCAUUCAUCGUGCAGUCAUAUCCCCUCCUGCAACCAGCAGACACAGACACGAUCAUCUUCGCCCUCGCUCAGAUGUCGAGCCAACUUGACAGCUACACCGUCUCCACGUCGUUUGUGAACUCCACCGUACGCACUCUAUUCCGUGCGACAGACGGCGAUACCGGAUUCAAGGCCCCGUUAUACGCCAUUUGGGUCAACGGUCUAUGGUUCUCCUCCCUCAUCUGUACGCUCUCAGCAUCCUCCAUCGCUGUCCUAGUCAAACAGUGGCUUCACCAGUACGGCCAGAGUCUCUCUGGCACGACGCAAGAGGCUUCACUUCUCCGCCAGUAUCGCCACGAGAGUAUGUUGAGAUGGCACGUGUCUAGCAUCAUCGCCGUCCUUCCCAUCCUCCUUCAAACUGCGUUGGCUCUAUUUCUGGGGGGCCUGCUCAUUCUCCUCUGGAAUCUCCACCGUUCUGUCGCCAUCGUGGCCACUGUCCUCGUCUCCAUCUUAUUGUCUUUCACCGUCGCGACGACCCUCCUUCCGAUCAUCUACACGGACUGUUGCUUCCAGUCACCACAGGCGCUGUCGCUCUUCAUCUUCACUCAGACUGUCGCCCAUCUUGCAUGGAAGCUCGCCCAAGCCGUAGAGCAGUGGACCCGUAACGCCGCCAUGUUUGCAGAGACCGCUUCCUGGUCUUCGCUCCACUACACCCUCCUCGCCUCCGCCCAGAACGCAGCAACAUCAGUUCUCGCCUGGCUCGGCCCCGCCGGACGCUUCCGCACCUGGCAAGCUCGAGAGCGUCCCGCCGCGGCUUCGCAGCAGGUCGAGUUGGAGCAAGCCCUCGCCCUCACAUCCUACUACGUCACCGCGAACCCGGCGCUGCUCAACACUACGCUGCUACCGUGUCUGAUGGACAUGAGUCCCGCGCUCUCGGACACGAUGAGCGCGCGCUACGGUGCGCUCGUGCGUGAGCUCACGGAGAAGCUCCCGAGCGGCGAGUGGAGUUCGUGGCGGCCCGUGCUCCCGUUCGUGCUUGUCGUGCUCUCGAUGAUGACGAGCGAGCCGGGGAAGGGCACGGUGCGGCGCGUGCUGCGGACAAUGCCCGCGUUCCCCCGCGCGUCAGUGCAGUCGAAGCUCAGCAUGCUGUACCUCCGCGCGCUGGCGCAGCUGGUGGGGCGACGACUCGCAGCGCGCGAGGCGUUCCAGCGGCUCGUCACGUACUUGGAGUCCAGCCAGAUCGGAUCGGACAAGCAGCUCGUCUUCGAAGUCGACGUCCUCGAGGACGUCGAGGCCACAUUCCCCUCCGACGAAGAAGACAUCGAGGCCCUCCUCGACCUCGACGACGCCGACGCCAUCGCAUGCUACUUCACCGCGCUGGCCGAGACGGUCAGGUACCUGCUCCUGCACCGCGCGCGCCUCGCGCGCAGCAUCCACGCCGCGCCCGUCCGCGCCCGCGUCCGCGCCCUCCUGUCCCGCUUCGGCUCCUUCCUCCUCGCGCCCCCGUGGCGCUCGCGCGUCGCCCGCCAGCGCGCCGUCCUCCGCGCGCUCGACUUCUCGCGCCUCCCCGAGCUCGUCCGCGAGCUGCACGCGGCGCGGAGCACCCGCGACCUCGUCAGCGACCACGUCGUCGGCGCGUUCCGCGGCGCCCUGGGCACGUUCGAGGAGGGCUGCAUGCGG